GACCGAGCAGGCAGGCUGGCCAGGGGCAAGAGAAGGUGAUGCCAGUCGAGAGGAAGGGACCUGGGGCCUCCUCUGUCCCCAGUGUGCUCUGCUGCUGGGAUGGGAGAGGCUUGUUGGAGGAGGCAAGGAUAUCAGUGGAAGAUGGAGGCCUGCCCUACUGCACCUGGAACCAUGAGUGAGGCCCGCAGAGACAGCACGAGCAGUCUGCAGCGCAAGAAGCCUCCCUGGCUGAAGCUGGACAUCCCAGCUGUGGUGCCCCCGGCUGCAGAGGAGCCCAGCUUCCUGCAGCCCCUGAGGCGCCAGGCUUUCCUGCGGAGUGUGAGUAUGCCAGCGGAGACAGCCCGCGUCCCUUCGCCCCACCCUGAGCCCCGGCGGCCAGUGCUGCAGCGCCAGACGUCCAUCACACAGACCAUUCGCAGCAGCCGACAAGUACGCUUUGGGCGUGUCCACACUCUGCCCCUCCUGGGUGCCCGGGCUGCCUGCAGGGCCCUCCCACCGCACCAGUCUCUCUCUUGGUCCCUGCUCAGGGGGACAGCUGACUGGUUUGGAGUGAGCAAGGACAGUGACAGCACCCAGAAGUGGCAGCGCAAGAGCAUCCGUCACUGCAGCCAGCGCUAUGGGAAGCUGAAGCCCCAAGUCAUCCGGGAACUGGACCUGCCCAGCCAGGACAAUGUGUCGCUGACCAGCACCGAGACGCCGCCCCCACUGUAUGUGGGGCCUUGCCAGCUGGGCAUGCAGAAGAUUAUAGACCCCCUGGCCCGAGGCCGGGCCUUCAGGGUGGCCGAUGACGCUGUGGAUGGCCUGAGUGCCCCGCACACUCCCAUCACGCCAGGUGCUGCCUCCCUCUGCUCCUUCUCCAGCUCCCGCUCAGGUUUCAACCGGCUCCCGCGGCGGCGCAAGCGUGAGUCGGUGGCCAAGAUGAGCUUCCGGGCAGCAGCGGCGCUGGUGAAGGGCCGCUCGGUUAGGGAUGGCACAUUGCGCCGGGUGCAGCGCCGAAGCUUCACUCCUGCCAGCUUUCUGGAGGAAGACACAGCUGACUUCCCCGAUGAGCUGGACACGUCCUUCUUUGCCCGGGAAGGUAUCCUCCACGAGGAGCUGUCCACAUACCCAGACGAAGUUUUUGAGUCGCCAUCAGAGGCAGCGCUCAAGGACUGGGAGAAAGCCCCGGAGCAGGCGGACCUCACUGGGGGGGCCCUAGACCGCAGCGAGCUGGAACGCAGCCACCUGAUGCUGCCCCUGGAGCGUGGCUGGCGGAAGCAGAAGGAGGGUGCCGCAGCCCCACAGCCCAAGGUGCGGCUUCGGCAGGAGGUGGUGAGCACCACCGGGCAGCGACGGGGCCAGCGCAUCGCAGUGCCAGUGCGCAAGCUUUUCGCCAGGGAGAAGCGGCCGUAUGGGCUGGGCAUGGUGGGACGGCUCACCAACCGCACCUACCGCAAGCGCAUCGACAGCUACGUCAAGCGCCAGAUUGAGGACAUGGAUGAUCACAGGCCCUUCUUCACCUACUGGCUCACCUUCGUGCACUCGCUCGUCACCAUUCUAGCCGUGUGCAUCUAUGGCAUCGCGCCUGUGGGCUUCUCGCAGCAUGAGACGGUGGACUCGGUGCUGCGGAACCGCGGCGUCUACGAGAACGUCAAGUACGUGCAGCAGGAGAACUUCUGGAUCGGGCCCAGCUCGGAGGCCCUCAUUCAUCUGGGCGCCAAGUUCUCGCCCUGCAUGCGCCAGGACCCGCAGGUGCACAGCUUCAUCCAUGCGGCGCGCGAGCGCGAAAAGCACUCAGCCUGCUGCGUGCGCAACGACAGGUCGGGCUGCGUGCAGACGUCGGAGGAGGAGUGCUCGUCCACCCUGGCAGUGUGGGUGAAGUGGCCCAUCCAUCCCAGUGCGCCAGACCUUGCAGGCCACAAGAGGCAGUUUGGCUCCGUCUGCCACCAGGAUCCCAGGGUUUGUGAUGAACCCUCAUCCGAAGACCCCCACGAGUGGCCAGAAGACAUCACCAAAUGGCCGAUCUGCACCAAAAACAGCGCUGGGAACCACACCAACCAUCCCCACAUGGACUGUGUCAUAACAGGCCGGCCCUGCUGCAUUGGCACCAAGGGCAGGUGUGAGAUCACCUCCCGUGAGUACUGUGACUUCAUGAGGGGCUACUUCCAUGAGGAGGCCACACUUUGCUCUCAGGUGCACUGCAUGGAUGACGUGUGUGGGCUCCUGCCUUUCCUCAACCCUGAGGUGCCUGACCAGUUCUACCGCCUGUGGCUAUCCCUCUUUCUGCACGCCGGGAUCCUGCACUGCCUGGUGUCCAUCUGCUUCCAGAUGACCGUCUUGCGGGACCUGGAGAAGCUGGCAGGUUGGCACCGCAUAGCCAUCAUCUACCUGUUGAGCGGUGUCACUGGCAACCUGGCCAGUGCCAUUUUCUUGCCAUACCGGGCAGAGGUGGGCCCUGCCGGCUCGCAGUUUGGCAUCCUGGCCUGCCUCUUUGUGGAGCUCUUCCAGAGCUGGCAGAUCCUGGCGCGGCCCUGGCGUGCCUUCUUCAAGCUGCUUGCUGUGGUGCUCUUCCUCUUCACCUUUGGGCUGCUGCCCUGGAUUGACAACUUUGCCCACAUCUCGGGCUUCAUCAGUGGCCUCUUCCUCUCCUUUGCCUUCCUGCCCUACAUCAGCUUUGGCAAGUUCGACCUGUACCGCAAGCGCUGCCAGAUCAUCAUCUUUCAGGUGGUCUUCCUGGGCCUCCUAGCUGGCCUGGUGGUCCUCUUCUACUUCUAUCCUGUCCGCUGUGAGUGGUGUGAGUUCCUGACCUGCAUCCCCUUCACCGACAAGUUCUGUGAGAAGUACGAACUGGAUGCUCAGCUCCACUGAGCUGGCUGCCAGCACUGGUGGCCACACGCUUCAGGCCAGAGCCAGACGGACACGACCAUCCUUAGCUUCACAGGCCUAAGGGACUCACCUGUUUCUGAACACAGACCUGUUGUGCCUUAUUCACGUCUGUUGAACCCUUCAUAAUGCCGGGCAUUUAUUACACUACUUCCUGUGAUAACCUUCUAACUAGUCUCUUGACGACCACCUCAUGUGGCCAAUAAAUGGACUGGGAGCGUUUUAGCUGCCACUAACUUGA